GCCAGACUCCUCCCGGGAGAGUCUGACAAAGCGCCUCGUCGUCCUAGCGUUCAAUUGGAGACGGAUCGGCCUGGGGUCCCGAGGCUACUUUUCAGUAGGUUUCUGUAUAUCUUUUCUUUUUUCUCUGUGCACACACAUUCCUCCAGAGGCCGUGGGGGGCCCAAAUCCUAAAUCGCAACUGUUUUAGGCUCCGGGGGAAGCCCCAUAUCGCUUCUACACGUACAAAUACGUACGUAUACGUGGACUGGACGACUUAUAUAUGGAUGUCAUUGAUCUCGGACAUAAUACAGCAAAUCUUAAUUAUGAUGAACUGUAUGGAAGAGACUAAAGAAGAUCAUGAUGCCUCACGAACGCAAAUUUCUGGACAAAAAAGAAAGUUUCCAGAGCUGGCUCAUUGUGAGGGUGAUAUUAAGCAAGGGUCUCCUUCAAAGCAACCCCGAAUCGAGCAGCGUCCACAGUCAAUCAGCAGCACCCAGCUGGCUUAUAGUGUCAUGAAAUUUCGUCUCGGAGGAAGUGUUUCAGACCCCUUAAAUCUUGAAGGAGAUUCUGCAAAGCAAAUUGAUGGUGAGUGCUCUACUUGUGCACCAUCACCUGCUCUACCAAGUGGCCAGCUAUCUCCGCUGCCACAACACCUACAAAAAGAUCCUCUUAAUAUAGAAGGAAGAACAAUGAAAGUUGUUCAUAAUAAGCAGACUUCAGGUGGAGAAAGUGCUUUGCAUUUGUAUGGUAAAUCAGGUCACAAACGAAAGCCAAGAAAUAGGCGUCGAAACAGCUCAAAAUCAGAUUAUCAAGAUACAGCUGAGGUGAAUAUUUAUUCGCUUACUACGCACUGUCAAUCUGAUUUUCAGAAAAAAUCAUCAAUCAGCUCCCAAAAGUUUCGUUACGGGAAUUAUGAUCGUUACUAUGGAUAUCGUAAUAGCGGUGUAGACGAGGAAGACCUUCGCAUAUCAAUGUUCCAAAAGGAAUGGUUUGAAGGAGUAGACUGCUUAGAUAUUGGAUGUAAUACUGGUCAGAUAACCAUUAAAAUUGCACAAAUUUUCAAGCCAAGAAAGAUAGUCGGAAUUGAUAUUGAUCACAAGCUAGUUCAGAUGGCCUGGAAAAAUUUACAAAGGGACCGAAUACCGACUGUGGCUCCCGACGGUCGCCCCUUUCCUCUAUCACUGUUAUUGGCUCGAGGUCCACCAGCAUUUCUCCCUUUGCUGUCCAAACCAGAAAGUUCAUGUACUCAAAGCAGUGCCAUUAAUAAAGCAGCUGAAGAUGUAUCUAACAAAUUUCCUAACAACGUUGAGUUUAAACAGUGCAACUAUGUUCCAAACAAAGGCUCUCAGGCAGACUGUCAAAAUGCUGAGUAUGACACUAUACUAGCACUGAGCCUUACCAAAUGGAUCCACCUAAACUGGGGUGAUGAUGGCAUCAAAAUGUUCUUUAGGAAAAUCUACAAUCAUUUGAGACCAGGAGGGCGCUUGAUUUUAGAACCGCAGCCUUAUACAUCGUAUUCAAGGAAAAAGAAACUUGCUCCUCAGAUACUGAAGAACUAUGAAUCGAUUACUUUCUUCCCUCGUGAUUUUCAUUUGUAUCUAAUGUCAUCGGAGGUUGGCUUUACUCAGCACAAGCUACUUGGGGUACCUGGUAACCAGUCUAAAGGUUUCAGACGUCCUCUUCACUUAUAUAGAAAGUCAAUUUUACCAACGGUACCGGUUAUACCGUUAUCUAUCGACAGAAGUGGAGCUGUUACUGGUAUUGAAGACCUUGACACAGUGAAGUGCAAGAGGCUGAAGUCAGUCAUCGGUGGUGUGUCAAAAACAUUUACACUGGAUGCAACAAGGCACACAGUUAAAACUGAUACAUGCAAAGCAGAUUGACUCCUAAUAGCAAAUGUAUAAUAAUUGUAUGAUUGCCACUAACUAGAGUUUUACUUGACGCCAAUUUAGUUUCCUUUAGAUUCCAGCAACUCCACUGCAUCCUAAUAAUAUCAUCGUAACUACGAAAUCAAAAUAAUUGUUAAGUAUACCUGG